UCGCGUGAAAAUGACAGCAAAGUUGCUCAAAGUGAAAUCUAAUUUUAAUUAUAUUUAAGUACAUUAAAUAGUAAUAAGUCGUUCAUGUGAAUUUUGAUCAUUUUAAAUAUCUCCUAAUGAAGAUCACAAGUGUAUAACAUUAACAUAGGCCAAAUACUACCAAAACAACCAAGUAUCAGAUGUUCCAUUGUAUGUCAAGUUGUUAUCAACAGCAAUCGCACGUAUUUUGAUUCAGAUUUGUGAUUAUUAUUCCUAUAAAAAUGACGGACAUCAAGCCGCAGAUAAUGGCGCCAGUAAAUGGCCUAGUGGACAAGUCAAAAGAACUGCAGAAGGAGAUUUUGAUGGAGAAACUUAGAUCAAAAACUUCACUGUACAAAAAUUUGUCUGAGACUUCCAAAGCUGUACGGAUGGCACUGCUGGACAAACGCUGGGCAGUGGACAGUCAAGACCGAAUGAUCCUGCAAAAAUGCCUGGAUAGCCUGCAACACUGUAUCAAAAUCAGCUCCUUACAAAGUCUUAUUGAGAGGCUGGAAUGUCUAUCAAGACAGCUAGGGUUAAAAUUAGUUGUGGGCACUUCAGGUGUCAACAUGUUUAUAUCUUCAGAUAUGUUUUAUUUGGAAAUACUUGUGGAGUCAUCGGGAUCUGUGAAGGAUGUUAAAAUUCAUCAUGAAGGAAAGAUAGAGCAACAGAGCUGUGAAGAGCUGGUGGCAUGCAUAUCUCGAGGGGACUUUGCUGAUUUUACAGCUCAGUUGGAAGGCCUCACUGCAGUUUAUCAGCUAAAUGCAGAGAAAAAGGUCAAAUGCAAAGCAUUUAGUGCACUGCAGAGUUUAGAAGAAGACCUGUGCACCCUCCGUCAACUGCAGGGUGUGAACAAGGACCCGUGGGCCCAGGUCCACAAGAGUCCUACAGGCUUUCUGCAAAAGCGGAGAGGAGGGCACGCCAUGCGGCUCACGUAUUUCGUAUCACCGUACGAGCUACUCGACAAAGAAAAGGGUCUGCAGCCUCUCACAGUGGAGCUCCUGUCCAUGGGCAAACCCUCUGCCUCGAGUGGUCUAGCAUCGCUAGUGGCGCCCUCACACACGCCUGUAGGGCAUUCGGCUACGGUACUGCUGGAGGGCUCGACGGCUAACAAAUUGCAGCUCGCACCUAUCAUUACGAAUGGGAGAGGGGGGAAAGGAGUAGUUGGAACAAACGCAUACGGCGCGAUGUACGCGCAAUUGGUGCCUCAGAACAGCGCGAUGUUGCCAGCUUGCUUUACUCUCAAGCUGUCUCAGCCCACACCGCUGUGCACUGGCUUAGCCAAGCUGAUUCAUGCCACAACCGAGGUGGAAAUAGCGGGCGAUUGGGCCAAUCCGAUACCAAUGUUGGGUCUGGUGGCGCAACAAGCGUACAACAAACUAACGCCAGGAAAAACCAUCGAGCUUAACCUCAGCAAGGGACUUUUUGUGAGCCUACCAGAGCAGACGCAGUGCUACUUCCUGUGCUCGGGCGGCGCGCUGUCGGGCCGCGUGGUGCGCAGCGUGCCGUUCACGCACCCGUCGCACGUGCCCACGCUGCUCGCCGCGCUGCGCCAGCAGGCGCUCUUCAACGCGCUCGUGUCCAGCUGUGUGCGCCCGCAGCCGAGACACGCGAUGGACCUAGAGAACGUAGUGAUGUUCGAAGUGAGCGCGUUAAGCUGGGAGCAUAUAUCCGUCUCCCUCGAACACCCGUUGGAAGAGAGCAUGGCCACCGUGGAACUGGAACUCUCAGACGCUGCGGCACCCCGGGCCAGUGUACAUACGUUAGGAGCGCCGCCCCGGGAACACGUGGAUGAAUACGUCACGAGGGUGCUGCAGAAGAGUCACUCGAUACCCAUUACAUUGAGGUCACUGACGAAAAUCUGGGAGCGUGAAGCUGCAACGAAGCAUAUGAACGGAGGCUACUCUGCGUUGGAUUCAAAUUUUAGCUGCGGCCUGGGGGGCAUCGACCCCGGGGGCGACGUCAAGCACGAACCGGGGACCAUGGGCGGCCGCGCGCUGUUCCCCUCCAACGUCAGCCAUCCGCACCAGGGAGGUGCAUACCUCUCGGAGCAACAACACCACCACCUCUCCAUGAUGUGCCAAGACUCCGGCGAAAAGAGCCAAGCGGACAAUCGAAAACCGAAGAAGCGAAAAUCCGACUCCGACCCCUGGCACACGGGGCCUAAGAAAGGCAAGCCGGGGAACAUGGGGGAGUUGCAAGAUUCUGAUAGUGAGAGUGAGAACUCCGAUGUGAAUGAGGAUGAUAACACGAUGAAUAGUAACUCGACGAACGAUGAGCAGUCGUCGGUGUCGCAGAAUGAGUUCGCGUCGGAUGUGGAGAUGUCGGGGAUAGACGCGACGGAUACGCUCGCGACUGAUACGAGGCAGUCGUCCGACAUGGAUAACUCGAAUGAUGGGGAUGUGGAGGAUAUCUUAAGGAAUUCUUUUCACAAGUCUGAGCACAAACGGCAAAAGUUGAAAAAAGAAGAAACUCGUAGCCGAAGCGCGUCGUCCCUGCUGCUGGACCUGACGGAGGGCAAGUCGUACAUGCCCUCGUCCGUCAGCAUCACGCCCAUCGGCGCCGCCGGCCCCGCCGCCGCGCCGCUGUCGUCCGUGCUGGGCCUGGAGCGCCGCCCCGGCAUCGAGAUCAUCCCCAUCACCGCCGCCGCGCCCGCCGCGCUGCCCAGCUCCAUCACCAUCACCCCCAUCACCAACUCGCAGCUCAAGGCGCUCGACAUACGGUCCGAGAAGAAAUCCAGCAGAUCCGAGGAGCGCAGCAAGGAGAAAAAGAAAAAGCGGCGCCGGGACGACUCCAUGGGCCCGCCGGAAAAAGUCCCUCCGAAACAGGAUCCUUUAACCAAGCCGGUGUCCGUCAGCAUCAAGCCCACCGACGGGUCCCCCUUGCGCGCCACCUCCCCGAACUCGCUCCUGCGAAAAUUUAGCCCGAGCCCCACCCACGGUAGAUCGGUUUCGAUAACCAAGUCGCCCAGUCCCAGCACGGUGAAGAGCAUGGGAAAGCCGUCCGGAACCUCGAGCCACCACAGCAGCCCGAGGCACUCGCCGGUGCAGAACAGCCCCAAACAUCUCUCCGGGUAUUCGAGUCCAAAAAACCACAGCAUAUCGUCCCCUAAGCACAGCUCGUCCGGCUCCGGCAAGCCCAGCAUGUCCGCCCUGAAGUCCGCCACCAGCGGCUCGCCCUCCGGAAAAUCCGGCACCACGGGCUACGAUCUCUCCAAAAAGAUAUCCAAAGACAGCUACGGCUCCGGCUCGUCCACCUCCAGGGACAAAGAGAAGAAACAUUCCGGCCUAUCUUUUUCUAGCUCAGGUAGAAGUAGUCCUAAAUUAAAAAAUCCGAUGAAGCUUAAAGCGCUAGAGAUAACCCCUAUCUCCUGUGAUACCCCAGUCAAUGAGCCUCUCAUUUCCCCACCGAACGUCGAGGUGAACAAGUUGAACGCGCCUAGCCAAGUGCGCAACAGAAAAGGCUCUCUCAGCGCAGUCAUAGACAAGUUGAAAUCUGCCCAGCACUGCGGCACCGAAACCGAAUUGGGCGGCAGCAAGUCCAGCUCUUCUAGUAGUUCUAGUAAAUUCUCGGAAUCAAAAAACAGUUCUGGUAGCAGUAGUAAAAUCAGUGAAAAUAAAAAUCAGGAGUACAUGGUGAAGCCAAGUUUAGACGGUAUGAAGAUCACUAUCAACAAGACGAGGACUAAAGACUCUUCCAGCAGUAGUUCUAAAUUAAAUUAUAGUAGCUCGAGUUCCAGUAAACAGUCCUCGCCGCAACUCACGCCCCCGAGCCAGGGCUCUCCGAAAACGCACACGGGGCUGAAACCUGGCGUCAUGAGCGGUCCCGCGUCCAAGAAGACUCAAGUGAUGCAAUCCUCCAAGUCGGGCAACGUGACGCCCGGCUCCACCCCGCCCAAGGCCAACACGAGCCCCUCCGAGUCUUCCUCGGGCAACUCCGGCGGCGUGCCCAAAGUGCCUUAUUCAAAGUCUUCCAGCGCCAGUGCUGGUAUGAAUCUAUCCAAGUCCGCUUCGAAAACCAGCUCCGGCUCUCCUAAAAGUAGCAGCACCGACAUGGCAAAGAUCAUCAGAGACCGAGAGAGAGAAAAGGCGCGGACAAAACUGAUGAGCAAUUCCGAAAAAUCCAUCUUCUCAUCUAAGUCUGAGCGCCACUCCAGUCCAAGCGGUUCAAGAGACGACGUUGACGGCGAUAGGUUUAAAGCUUCCGCCAAAGAAUCCAAUUUUCUAGUCGAAGGUCUGAUCAAGCCCCUCGACACCAGUAAAUUCCAAAUCCCCAAGUUAAAAAAUCAGAGCACUCCCGAUAAGAACAGCCCCGUCUCCCAGUACGACAGUCGAUCGCUGGUCAACGAUUUUGCUCGUACUCUGGAUCAGGGCAAAUAUCCGUUCCCCCACUACGACAAUCCGAACGCUCGAACCCCCGAGGCUAUGCAAAAAUCAGCGUAUCCAUUAAACGUCCCUAAGCCAUUACUAAACAUGGGUUCUCUGAGUCCGAAAACCGUCACGCCCGGUAAAAUUGAACCCGAACGCCCCAUAGAAUACUCAAAGGUGUCCGAAAGUAUAUCAAAAGGCGAGAGUCCCCAGCGCAGCAAAGACGAGAAAGACUACGGCGGAACCUUUCCGCUUAUGCCAUUAGAUUUUAAAACGGAGAUAGCUAAAGGAUUCGCCGCGCCGAAGGGUUCGGAGGAUAGGAAAGGUGCGGAUUCGUGUAUGAAGCCGCCGGCGAGCGGGGCUAUCGCGCGGAGCGGGGCGACGACGCCACAAGAGGCUGCAGAGAUGCUGCUGGACUUCUCGUCGUCGUCGGGCAGCAAGGUGUCGGGGCUGGUGGCGGUGCGGCCCGUGUACCCCGCGUCGCCGGCGCUGCUGCUGGCCAAGAGCCCCGCGCCGUCGCCGCUGGUGGCGCCCUCGCCGCACUCCAACUCGCCUUGUAUUACUGACGACGAGCUCAUGGAUGAAGCCCUGGUCGGGCCCGGCAAGUAACUCGACAUUUAAUAUUUACACAUCCGGCAGAACAUAGAACGUUUUAUUGGUGCCUGAUGACGCCUGUCCUGUUACUCAUUCUUAUAACGAUUUGGCGAAAGAGAUUCAGUGUUGCUCACGAGUCACGACCGUCAUCAUUUAUGCAGAAGAAUCGGUCUAGAAUUCUACAAAUUUCUGAUGCCAUAAAUAUGUACCUAAGGAUGGUAUUGCACCUAUCAAAUUUCUUUGUCCAAUGUGUAUUGCGUCUCAAAUUUUGCUUAAUGAGAGAGUGUGACGCAAUGACAUAGCACCCUAAGGUAAACCCUCCCAUUUGAAUCUCUUUUGCUUCUCUGGUUUUACUCAACGAUAUUAUUGUUAAGAAAUUAAUUGUAAUUAUUGUUUCACCUUCUAUUUUAUGAGGUUAUAUUUAUUUAUGUAAGAAUAUCAUGAGAUUGUAUGUCUCUAUAAUUGUAGGUUUAAUUAUCUGUUCCAUGUUUAUAUGUCAUAUGUAAUGUAUCAUACCGAGACGUAUUUUGCGAUUUGUAUAUUUAGAUUUAGAACAUGUUAUACAGCAGUUUUCAUUUGCUGUAUUAUAUAUAAACGUCAAAAUUCUGAUUCAAUGACUAGGUAUAUCCAUGUAAAUGUCAAUCAAAUAAAAGAACCAGUUAAUGUUACUGAAACAAUUAGCGUAAGGUACAUGAUUUCAUAAACUAAGAGUUGUACAGUCGCCAUCAGAUAUAUCGGAGC